UGGUACUGGUGGUUUAGGGUUGUUGGUGUUGGUUAGUUAUACGGCGGCUGACCUGGCGGUGGCGGUGUAGCGUCGUGUUUCUCCGGCAUUCCCCAGCACACAGGCAGCGAAGAAGAGGAUUCAGCCGAAGAAGAGGAAGAAGAAGAAAAAGGAGCCCGUUGCGUUUGUGCUCGACGCUCCGGAUUCUGUAAUAAAGUCUCAGUUUUAUUAUCCGGGGCUAAAAAAUCAGAGUAAAUUUAUCCAACCCGCCGUUUAAUUCCGGAUUAUUGAUGUGUGGAGGCCGGAGCGGGAGGAGUGACGAUAACGGAGCGCUCAGUAGUUCUGACAUCAUCACACCGGGAUUAAUCUGAUAAAUCAUCCGCUCAUCUCAUCCACUCAUCCCCGGAGUACAGCUGCAUGAUUCUCCUCUGCUUCUACUCCAGCGGGAUUGAUUAAGCCAUGGAUGGAUCGAUUGAAUUAUUGAUUGAUUGAUCGGCGGGACCUGAUGCGGACUCGCUCGCGGUUGACAUGGCAACGGGACCGGAUUAUAUAAAUAAAGUCUAAUCUACAGUGAUCAAUCAAUCCCGAUCAGAUUCAUCACCUCCAUGUGACUGAUCACCACUGAUCCUCCUGUUCCAGCUCAGUCCAGCUGGAUCAAUUCUCCUCCCACACUUCUGCGUUUACUCCCACUCGAGCUCGUAGCAGGAUGGCGGCGCCGGCGGAGGAGCUGCGGCGGGCCGGUUGGAUCCUGCUCAGAGCCCUGCUGCGCUUCGUCUUCAUGUUCAUCAACAACUGCAUGGCCAUCCCGUCCUACUGCCUGUACCUGCUGGCCCUGCAGCCGCUGCGGGCGCUGAACAGCGCCGCCUUCUGGCACCUGGAGGGCGUCAUGUUCCGCUGGCUGCUGGCCAUGGUGGCGUCCUGGGGCUGGUGGGCGGGAUACACAGUGACGGAGUGGGGAGACGACGUGAGGCCGAUCUCUGAAGAUGAAGCCAUGGUCAUCGUCAACCACCAGGCCACCGGGGACGUCUGCACCCUCAUGAUGUGCCUGCAGGACAAAGGAACGGUGGUGACGAAGAUGAUGUGGUUGAUGGACCACGUGUUUAAGUACACAAACUUCGGCCUGGUGUCUCUGAUCCACGGCGACUUCUUCAUCAGACAGGGCAAAGCUCACCGGGACAAACAGCUCAUCUACCUGAAGAGUCACCUGGACAGGUACUACCACAGCCGGGACAGGAAGUGGAUCGUCCUGUUUCCUGAGGGAGGCUUCCUGAGGAAGAGGAGAGAGACCAGCCAGUCGUUCGCCAAGAAGAACGAUUUACCCCACCUGACCCACGUGACCCUGCCCCGCCUCGGGGCCACGCAGGUCAUCCUGAAGGCCCUGGGACCACAGCAGGAGAACGGCAUGCUGGGAAACGACACGGGACCGUCGGCACAAAAAGACGGUAAACCUCGAGGGUUGCAGUGGGUGAUAGACGUGACCGUAGCGUACCCCGAGGCCAGACCCAUGGACAUCCAGACGUGGAUUUUUGGCUACAGAAGUCCCACAGUUACACACGUGCACUACAGGAUGUACCCGGUGAAGGAGGUGCCGGUCGAGACGGAGGCGCUGACCGAUUGGCUCUAUCAGAGGUUUGUGGAGAAGGAGGAACUUCUGGCUCAUUUCUACCAGACAGGAGCUUUUCCUCCAGAGAAGGGUCAGACGGAGGUGGUGUCCAGGCCCAUGACCCUCGACCCGGUGUGGCUGUUGGGCGUCCAGUCGCUGGCCUUCGUCUCGGGCUUCAUGUGGUACAGCGUUCUUCAGCAUGUUUACUGCUGGUGCUGCUCGCUGCUGUGGUGAAUGGAGAGGAGCGGCGGGACGGACGGACGGACGGAGGGAGGGAGGGAGGAGGAAACAGCCGUGACCGCCCAGUUCGGGACUCUUCGCCGCGGGCGCCAGCUCUGAUGGCACGACGGGCACGGAGGAGAAAAUCGUGUUCUAUCCUAAAUCUUGACCCGCCACCCAUACGAACACACACACACACACACACACACACACACACACACACACACACACACGGCUGCAAUAGAGACAUUUACAUUCACCCACAUAGGAGCAACGAUGACAUCAUGUUUACACGUAUACAUCCAUAUAUGAAUCUAUAUAUAGUUCUAUAUACACACACCUCGAUGUUUACUCAUCCCGACACCUUCGCUUCUGAUCUCAAGCGUAAUCCAGGCUCAGGAAUCAGACGGACUCGUUCGUCCGCCACGGUCAGCGCCGCCUCGCUUACGUCUGCGCCGUCAGAAGAGCGUCCAUAGCGUCGGCUCGCGUCCACUUCCUCCGGACCCCGCCGCGCUCCGUCCCGCUGCGUCUAUUUUAUGAUUUUUUCCUCUUUGUGUCGUUUCAUUUCAUUUUAUUAACGUUUUAUUUUGCUCUCGCGCUCUGUAGUCAGUAUUGCAGCACAUUCAGACGAUGAUGAUUUUCCACCCUCGCCUCACGUCCCAUCCCUCCGGACUGCUUCCUGAUAGAGAAACCAUUUCACACGGCCACGCCCCGCCCCCGCCCCGCCCCCGCUUCACUCUAGUUGAAUAAAUGUUGGUGUUUUACAGAUCUAACUAAGCCAUAUGCUUUGUGUGUGAGGACUCACGCCGGAUAAAGACUCAUAAUGACUGAACUAAAAAAAAAAAAACAGCAAAAGAUAAAAAGAAUUAGGCUCCCAAGUGUCGUAGGUGUAAAUUUAGAACAGCGUAACCUGCCCGAGUGCGUGUGCGUGCGUAACGGUCCACCUCGUUAUCGCGAUUCUUAUUUUUUUUAAAAACUUUUUUAGACGAACGUCCGGUCGCUGUACGAGGGUUCGGUCCUGUACAUAAACGCUGAGGUAGAAUCCGUGUCGUGACUGCCACGUCUGAGACGUUUCUAGCUUUCAAACACCGUGAAGAAAAAAAUAUAUCCCAGGAUCCUUCACUGCUGGCGUCUCCACAGCUUUCUGUCUGACUGAUUUCAAAUGAUGAUUCAGCUGCUAGCAUGUACAGCGCCCCUCCGCCCCUCCUUCCUCCUCAGACCAGACGUCUGCACCGGAUAUAAGAGGCUAAUGUAGCUAACAGAAAGAAGAAGCUAUAACAGCCGUCAUGUUUAUAUAUAUAUAUAUAUAUAAAAAGUUUUAUGAAUUUGUGUUUUAUUGAAUUGGCACGCACACGCACGUACUCCUCAACCCUCGGUUCCUGUUAGUAAUCGCCGCAUCGCUUCGUCCCUAAUUUGCAUAAAGUUACACUUUACUCGAGUUGUCGUGUCACGGACUCCGCCCACUUUGCAUUGCCAACGGCCAGAAAUCGCCAGAACCACACUCCCCCUGACCUCAGCCCCGCCCAGCGGCUUUGGAAUGAACUGGAACAUCGACUGGGGCUUUCUUGACCGACAUCAGUGCCCAGCCAUACAACAAUACAGCUCUUUUGUACUACUGAACAGGCACAAAUUCCCACAGACGUACUUCAAAGUCACACACUUCAGAGGUCACUCUAUUUUAAAACCAUUUGACAAGCUCACGGUCCGGUGUCCGAAUACUUUUGGCCAUACGGUGUACGUUAUGUCUCACUGUCUGUUGUUGGCAGAUUAAAGCUUCCUUCCACUUGUUAGCUACAUUAGUCUCGGAGCUCCGGUACAAAACCCAGAGACUCCUCCUUCUGACACCUGUGCUCCUGUGAGCUCCUCCUCAGAGGAACCUUCUCCUCAGAGGAACCUUCUCAUUUCAUUAAUAUUGAUGCAGACUCCUCGGACAGAGCUGACCGAAUCUGUUUGAUGUGUAAUGGAUAUGUGAUGCUCGGUUUGUAGGGAAUCACACACUGCCGUACGGUCAGUACUGUUUUUAAUGCACCGCUGUCAACCCCAGCUGUCCAGCACCCAAAUAAGGAACACAUGUGUCCACCAGGAGUGUGAUGUCCACCAGGAGUCUAGUGUCCACUAGAAGUAAAGUGUCCACUAGAAGUAAAGUGUCCACCAGGAAUCUAGUGUCAAUCAGGAGUCUAGUGUCCACCAGGAGUGUAGUGUAAUGUUCACCUGGAGUGUAGUGUCCACCAGAGGUGUAGUAUCCACCUAGCGUCCGUCAGGAGUCUAGUGUCCACCAGGAUUGUAGUCUCCACCAGGAGUGUAGUGUCCACUAAGAGUCUAGUGUCCACCAGGAGUCUAGUGUCCAGCUAGUGCCACCUGGAGUGUAGUAUUUUCUGAAGGAUUGUAAUGUCCAUCAAGAGUAGUGUCCACAAGGAGUGUAGAGUCCAUUUGAAGUACAGUGUCCACCUAGUGUCCACCAGGAUCACAUCUCUGUUUAGUAGUAAGAGCACUGUACUGUUUAAACUGUAGGACAGGCCUAUGUCAGGGGUAUUGAGGACCGCAAUGCAUUCUGGUCUGUUAAAGCAAUAAUGCCUCAUCUGAUAACUAAUAAUAAUAACAACAUUAAGUAUAAUAUUAAUAACAACAAUAAUAAUAUCACUAGAGUCUGCCAUGUUUUCAUGGCUCCUGGAGGCCGGCAGCAGAAACGUAAAGAAUUGCUGGUUUUGACACACUGUGGGCUGACGGGUGCAUUAAAAACAGCACUGGAAAGGGUUUGUGAGCAGACAGGAAGUAUCUGGAUCAGCUGAGAGGAAACCGUAAAAUAGGAAACCUAAACAUUUUGUAAUGCUGAGAGGAAUCGAGCUGAGCAGCUUCUAAAGGAACCUCCACACAUCACCCAGCGAGAAGCACCUCGGCAGAACCCAACACGGACCUGAGUUCGUACCGGUCGUCUGGGAUUUGUGUGUUUUUUUUCUCUCUCUGUCGCUCUCUGGAGUCUGAAGUGUGAUGAUGCAGCUUCUCAGAAGAAAGACGCGGAACACGUGGAAGGACCGCUCAGACCGAAGGACGUCCAGCCUAAAGGAAACUUUCGCCCUCGUUACGUUCUCGCCGUCCGUCCUUUCUGGAUCUGUUAGGAUUUUGAAGAAGUGACGCUGUACGUGUCUUUAGUUUUGGUUUCGUCUUCGUGUCGUUCGUCUCCUCUCAGCUUCCCGAGCAUUUUACACCUACGAUUUCAUUGUGCUGGAAUAAAAACCAAAAAAUAAAAUAAAAAUAAAAAACCUGCUGAGUGUGACGCUGUUGUAAUGUUGCCAUGUCCACUUCUUAUUUUGUAUUAAAGGAAAGUUUCAGCAUU